ACCACUUCCUCCCUUGCUUUCAGCGCUCGAUGUUUCCUUAGACUAGAACACGAUGGCAGGAGCAUAUAAGUCAGGUAGAUAUGAUGGCUAUGGCGCUUCGUUCGAUUCCCGAUCGCGGUAUUACGAGACACCGCAGCGCGAGAGAGACAGAGCGCUGUCCGCGUCGGACGAGGAAAGCCGCUGCUGCAAUCUCGUAGCGGCCGCGCAGCCAGCCGCGUGGGACGCGCCAGCGGCGGCAGCGGGGCCGUCGCCGUCCGUAGCGAGGGCGGCAUCGUGGCUCAUGCGGAAGGGCAGCCCGCCUCUCGACGCCACGCCGCCCGGCCUCCUGCCGGCGUCGCCGUCUCGCAGCUCCGACGAGCAGCCGUCCGUCGACCUCGAGAUGGACGCCGGACGGCCCGCAGCCGAGCAGCCUGUGGAGCGGUCGAGCGCCGUGUGGCUGCCGCUGCCGUCGCCACGCGUGCAGGAGGAGUCCCUUAGCCAGGUGGCGCAGGAGACGCGGCGGCAAGCAUCCGUUAGCGCAGCGCGUAAGCAGCAGAAGAGCGGCAGCAGAAAUCUGCCUUGGUCGUUCCACCAGCUGCUCGAGGCGGAGACGCGGGGCGAGGAGCGAAGGGAAGCCGCGGAGCCGAGGAAGCCGAUCGCACGGAGGAAGUCGCUCGAGGCGAUACGGGUGAGCCGGGAGACGCGUGCCAGACGACAGGACGAGGAAGGCAGGGCGGCGCCACGUGAUCACUCGCUAGAAAGAGUAGCGCGCCAUCGAUCAUCGCACGCGGGUCGGAACCGUUCAAUCCAAGCAGGCAGCACGCGAGACGUAAGAGGGCCAUGGCCGCAGCGACGAAGCGCAGCGGGGCGGCGCGCGGAAGAAAAGGCAACGGCGAGCUCCGAGAGCUCGUCGGACAGCAGCGAGUACGAGAACAGAGCCGAUGGCCCCCGCAGGGCACGGCGGGGGCGCGAGAAGAAAGGGGGAGCUGCGAUGGGCGAAAUCCCAAGGAGGGGUGCGAUGGAAGGGGGUAUAGCCACAGUCCUUGUGGACAACGGGUUGGAGGACGCGGUGGGCGAGCAGUGGGGCGCGCGAGACGAGGGGGAGGGGCUAGAGGGGCAGGGGGGGCUUGGCACGGGCAUUCUGGUAGUGGGCCACCCCGUGCUGCCUGCUGACGUGGCUGCAGGCGGCGACGCAGAGGGUUUAGCAGGAGAGGCAGCAGGAGAGGAGGCGGUGCGGCUGGCGGGGCUACUGACGGACGACAUGCUGCGGAGCAGCUUCCUGGACCCCGAUAAGCGGGCGCUGGGGCUGGCGCAUGACGACGAGGAUAAUGCCCGUGCUCACGACGCUGCUCACGACGCUGCUCAUGACGCCACCCUCUCACACCACGCCCUCUUUCCUCCCCUCUCUCGCGCCUCACCCGCCUCAGCGCCGUCCCUCCGUGUCGCCUAUCCGCACGCCGCCGACGCCCCUCGAGGCGGACUGGUCUUCGGUGUGCCCGUCUCCGCGCCUCUCCUUGGCGCCUCCUCCGCCUCCCUGUCGCCCUUUGCCGCCGCCGCAGCCUCUACCGCCGCAUUCCUGGCGCCUCCGCGCUCGCUGUCAGCAUCAGCUCCCGCGGGUGUGGCGGUACCGGCGCAGGUGACGCGGCUGCCGGUGUCGGUGCUGCAGCACGGCUCGCUCGUCUGUCUGCUGGCCGGCUCCUCGCGCCUGGCGGCCGUGCGCGCGCAGGGAAGGUGGGAGCUGGGAGCGCCGACGCCGUCAGCCACUCCCGACGCCACCCACCCCCUCGCCUCCCUGUCUGCUGAUCCGCUCCGCCGUUCGCCGCACGCGGCGUCGCUGGCGGUGUGCGCAUCGCUGACGGGCGGGCUGGGCCGCUGGCCGCUGGACUGCCUGUUCGUGCUGCUCGUCGUCGCGCCCGCGCGCGUCGCGCUGCGCUCCCUCGCCGCCGACGGGCGCUGCCUCUCCGCCGCGCUGCUGCCCGGCGAGCGGGACUCGUUCCGCACCUGGUCCGUCAGCGACGCCGAGACGUGGGAGGUGCUGCCCGCUGACGCCGUGGGGGAAGGCGCGGCGGACGCAGGGGAUGGAGGUGAGGAGAGUGCGGCGAGCGAGGGCGGGUGGAGCUGGGGGAGGGAGGGCGUAGUGGAGGGCGGCGUGCUGCUGCGCAGCUGCGCCAACCCCGCGCGCGUGCUGGACGUGGCGCUCUUCGGGCUGCUGGCCAAGACGCUCUCCGCCUGGCGCCACGUCGAGGCCGCCGCCGCCGCCGCGCCGAUGCUGCACCACCAGGUGCAGCAGCUGCAGCGGCGAGUGGGCGAGGAGGAGAGGGCGAGGCGGGAGGCGGAGGGGGCGAUGGCGGAGAGGCAGGCGCGGUGGGACGAGGAGAGCGCGCGCAUGCAGGGCGAGGCGGCGCAGCAGAGAGACACGAUCGAGCAGCUCAACGACCAGGUGCUCUCGCUCGGCGCGGAUCUCGAGCGCGCCGUGGCGCUGCUGGAGGCCGCCAGGCCCGCGCUGAAGGGGGCGCGCGGAGGGGCGCAGGGGGGAGCGGAGUGGGCGGAAUUGCAGGGGUGUGAGGAGGCGGCUGGCGUGCAGGGCACGGGAGGCAGUGGGGAGAGUGAGGCGAGGGGAGAGGACGGCAGGGGACAAGCAGGUGCGGCAGUCCAGGGCGGAAGGGGCGGAGGGGCAGGGGAGGCAAGGCGGGCGGAUGGGGAUGGCGGGAGGGGCAGCUUCAUGGGCGCAACAAUGGCCUCUUCGCCGCGCCCCCCCAGCUCCACUGCACCCCUCGCUGCACCCUCGCGCGCGCCCCCCACUCGCACCCCUCCUGCUCCAGGCCCACCCGCCCUGGCCACUGACCGCGGCGCCACUCAUGGCGCUCAGCGAGAGGGGCAGGACCACAGCCAGGGGCACAGCGGCAGCAGCGGCAGCAGUGGCGCCCAAUCCCCCUCCACCAGCAGCGGCUCUGCUGUGGCUCGCGCUCCCUCUGCGUGCUCCCCCUCCCCCUCUGACUCCGAAUCUGACAGCGCCACACGCGCAUCCUCCGGCCGCCGCAGACCACCGUCCGCCACCAUGCCCCCGCCGCAACCCCACCCCCACCCCCAGCCCAAUGAGCUCUACCGGCCGUCCAGCAGCGGUGGUAGCAGGUUCUGGCACAUGCCCCGACUGGCGGGGGGUAGGGCAGGGGCGGAGACUCAGAAGGAGAGGGCAGGCGGCGGGGUAGACGGCGAGAGGAAGGACAGCGGGCGCGCCCACAAGGCCGCUCCACCAGUGGACCCCGCCCCGCUGCUGCGCCGAGCCUUCUCCCCCAUGCGCGGCCGCCGCAGUCUCUCGUCGUCCAGAGCGGAGGCGGGCGCAAGCCGAGAAGCGGGUGACGCGGGGGGCGCCAGGAGCGUGCUGCAGCACGUGAUGGGGCGCGCGGGGGGAGCUUGGGGGGUGGGGGUGGCGCGAGGGGGAGAGAGCGCUGAAGAGGGGCGGCAGGGGGUGAGGCAUCCGGGAAGGGCGAGAGAUGGGGGCGAGGGGCGGCGGGGAGAGGAAGGGCCAGGAGGUGCGGAGGCGAGAGCCGAGGGGAUGAGGGGGCGUGAAGAGACCAGCGUGCAGCGCGGGCAGGGUGGGGCAGGGAUGGGCGGAGAUGGGGAGGCAGCAGUGCAGUGUGUGGCGCGGAGUGGGGAAGGGCAUGGGGGGGCGGCGGCAUGGGUGCCAGAGCAGCAGCGCGUGACGGUGCUGGAAGAGGUACAGGGGGGACGAGGGUGGGCGAGAGGGGAGGAGGCGGUGGAGGUGAGUGGAGUGAGUGGGGCGAGUGGGGAGAGUGGGGCGAGUGGGGAGAGUGGCAUGAGCGGCAUGAGUGGGGUGGACGAGGAGUGGGAAGAGCAGUGCACGGAGCAGGGGUGGGUGCUGCGGCCCGUGGCACGCGCAGGGGCGGGCUCUGGGGCUCACGAGCAAGAGGAGGGGUGUGAGGUGGAGGAUGGGGUGGAGGAUGAGGUGGACUCGCAGCAGGUGCGGCAGGGACAGGGGCGGGUAGGGGUGGGUGAGAGCAGGGGCGAGAUGGUGGGCAGCAUGGCAGUAGCAGCAGCAGCAGCAGCAGGCAGUGACAGGCAUACGUUGCCAGGCACUGGAGGGCACGUGGAAGCAGAGGAGGCGGAGGAGGCAGAGGAGGCAGCGGAGGCAGCGGAGGCGGAAGAGCCGCCGUCAGCGCUGAAGCAGCGAGUGGCGGCCCUCAGGACGCGCGUGUCCGCCCUGCGAGCCACCUCCUCCACCCUGCUCGCGCCACCCGUUGCCACUGGCGCUAGCGCUGGGAGAGAGAUGGCUGAAAUGGGUGCUGGGUUGGUGCCGGGCGCAGAGCAGAGAGGGAGCGGUGUGCGCAGGAGGGAAGGCCAAGGUGCAGAGCCCAGGCGGGGCGGGCUUGCAGGCAUAAGGGAAGGGAGCAGCGAGAGGGGUGGCAGCAGCAUGUGGAGCAGCGGCACCGCCAGAGAUGCAGUGGCCAUUCCGCGUGGCUUGAGAGACGCUGCCACUGCUGCUGCCAAGGGAUUCGUGGGCGUGGCUCACAGGCAGACCAGCAAUGGCAGCAGGGCGAAUGAGCAGCAGGUACGGUGGCUGGCGGGUGGCGCUCAGGGUAGGGGGGGCAGUGAGGGGGGGAGGGGCUUGGUGGACGGGACGGCAGGUGGGGGAAGGCAGUCAGCAGUGCUGCAAGAGAGGAGUGGCAAUGUGCCUAACGAACCCAUCAGAGAGCACAGGAAGGCAUUGGCAGCAGCAGCCCCAGCAGCAGCGGCAGGCGGACCAGUGCUGGUGGCGGUGGAUCCAGGGGUGCGGCAUGUGCAGUCGCUGCUGCCCGUGCGCGUGCUCGUGAGGGAGAGGGCCGUGCAGCAGGGGGGGGACGCGGCAGAGGGGCAGCAGAGCAGCCGACUGGAGGGCGAUGUGCACCGCUUGCCCCACCGCACGCUCUCCUCCGCCUCUGCCUCCUCUGACGCUGCCCAUGCACCCUUCACCUCCCAGCACUCGCUGCACUCACUCCUCUCGCCCCGCCACCCUGCUGGCAGCAGCAGCCCUUUCAGCGCGACAGGGGGGUCCAGCCCUGCCCUGGGCAUCCUCACCCGCUUCCUCUCUCCCUCGCGCCGCUCCCCGUCCCACCCCAGCCACCAGCAGCAGCAGCAGCAACAGCAACAGGUAGGCCCACAGCAGCAGUACGGAGGCAAGCACUCAGGCGCUGAAGGGCCACAAGCAGCAGCAGCUGCAGCCGGCAUGCGGCGCAGCAUGCGUGGCGCACAGGGCAGCAGUGGCCGGGCGUCUUCCCCCUCACGGCGGCUGUGGGCCGUGGGGCGGUCAACGGAGAGGCGCACAGAGCAGCGGGGCAGGGGGGAGGGCGUGGAGUGGGGGAGGCGCGCAGAGGCGGUGCAGGAAGACUCGCUGAGCAGCACAGGAGGAGUAAGCACAUAGCUGCAGUGACCCAGCUGCUGUGCGAGCCCUGAGAGCUUUCUGAGAGUUUUCAUCACAUGCCCACGGCAUGCUGUGCCCUGUCUGUCUGUGGGGUAGGUGGGGAGGGGUACUAUUUAUUGUGUUUCUUGUACAACGCAAUACCGUAGGUAGAUAGGAAAAAAGAUGGUAGGUACCAGAAAUAGCAUGUGAUAUCCUGCUAGCGAAUACUGUCCAUGGCCCAGACUGCUAGCUUUCAUUGCUACUGUACACUACCUAGGUUUGUAUCUAAACAAGUG